AUGGCUCCAGCAGCCCCUGCUGAAACGAAGGAGAUGCCAGCAGAGGAGGAGGAGCUUGUACCGGGGGAGGAUCCUCAGACGGGCGAGAAGACCGGCUUGUUUGUGUUGAAGCCGGAGACCAUCACAGCAACAAAAGGCAAGGACGUCACGUUUGUUGCUAAAGUGGACUCCACGAAAUUAACAAGGAAGCCGACGAUGAAAUGGCUGAAGGGGAAGUGGCUCGACCUUGGCAGCAAAGCUGGAAAGCACCUGAAGUUUAAAGAGUCUUAUGACAGGAACACCAAGAUCUACACUUACGAAAUGAGCAUCAUCAAAAUCGUGGAUGGAGACGCAGGUGGCUACCGCUGCGAGGUCGGCGCCAAAGACAAGUGCGACAGUUGCUUCUUCGACAUCGCCGUGCAGGCUGCAGAAGAGGAGCAGCAGGACAACAUCUUGGAGUCGUUUAAGCGAUCUGGAAAUGCAGAUGAGGAUGCUGGUGAUCUUGACUUCAGUGCGUUGCUCAAGAAAAGAAAGGAGAAGAAAGAACAGGAUCCCAAAGAUGAAGUUGAUGUUUGGGAAAUCCUAAAGGACGCCAAGCCCUGUGACUACGAGAAGAUUGCCUUUCAGUACGGCAUCACAGACCUGAGGGGCAUGCUGAGCAGGCUGAAGAAAAUGAAGAAGGCGGUGGAGCCCAAGAAGAGUGACGCUUUCAUCCGGAAGCUGGAACCAGCCUACUCGGUGAACAAGGGCAAGAGGAUCCAGAUUAGUGUGGAGGUGGCUGACCCCAACGCUUCAGUCAAGUGGCUGAAAAAUGGACAGGAAAUCAAGCCAUCAGCCAAGUAUGUGUUUGAGAGCGUGGGCAACAAGCGGACACUCACCAUCAACAAGUGCAACCUUUCGGAUGACGCAAUGUACGAGUGCGUGGUUGGGGAGGAGAAGUGCUUCACGGAGGUUUUUGUCAAAGAGCCUCCAAUUACCAUCACCAAGCAUCUGGAUGAUGUCCAUGCUGUUGUGGAUGAGAAGGUGGAGUUUGAGGUGGAGGUGUCCGAGGAAGGAGCCAACGUCAAAUGGAUGAAAGAUGGAGUUGAGCUGAACAAAGAAACUGCAGGUUCAAGGUACAGGUUUAAGAAAGAUGGGAAGAGGCACAUUUUGAUCAUAAAUGAAGCUACGAAGGAGGAUAUUGGGACGUACUACGCCUUCACCAACGGUGACGAGUCGAAGGCAGAAAUGGAUGUUGAAGAUAAGGAGCUGCAGAUUCUGCAGAGCAUAAGUGACCUGACAGUGAAGGCCGCUGAACAGGCUGUGUUCAAGUGUGAAGUGUCUGAUGAGAAAGUGACGGGGAAAUGGUUCAAGGACGGGGUUGAAGUCCAGUCCAGUGAUCGCAUCAAAAUAUCGCACAUUGGAAGGAUCCACAAGCUAACGAUUGAUGACGUGAUUCCUUCGGACGCUGGAGAUUAUACUUUUGUCCCUGAUGGCUACGCUAUUUCUCUCUCAGCAAAACUCAACUUCCUGGAAAUCAAGAUUGAAUAUGUUCCCCUAGAAGAGCCUCCCAAGAUCCACCUGGACACCAGCGGCAUCGGCAACCAGAACCUCAUCACCGUGGUGGCUGGAAACAAACUUCGGCUUGACGUCGAGAUCACGGGAGAGCCGGCCCCCACAGUGUGCUGGAUGAAGGGAGACCAGGUGGUGGCUGCGAACGAGGGACGAGUCCGUGUCGAGACGGAGAAAACCACCAGCAGCUUUGUAAUGGAGGGGGCGGUAAUGGGCGACGAGGGCCCCUACUCCAUCACAGUGACUAACCCUUUUGGAGAGGACAAGGUUGAACUCUUCAUCAAGGUCGUGGAUCUGCCCAAUCCUCCUGAGAAUGUCAGAUGCUUAUCAGUUGGCGAGGACUGUGGCACGAUCACAUGGGACCCUCCUGCAUUUGAUGGCGGAGUUCCCAUUAAAGGGUACCUGUUGGAGAGGAAGAAGGUUGGCUCGCCCAGAUGGACCAAGCUCAACUUUGAUCCUUACGAGUCCACCACAUACGAAGCUAAGAAGAUGAUUGAAGGUGUUCAAUAUGAGAUGAGAGUGUUUACAGUCAACAGCAUCGGCGUCUCGCAGCCCAGUGAAAACUCACAGCCCUUCAUGCCCAUCGCCCCCACCAGCGAGCCCACUCGUCUCAUGGUGGAUGAUGUGACAGACACUACCUGUGCACUCAAGUGGCUUCCUCCAGACAGAAUCGGAGCGGGCGGCAUCGACGGUUACAUCAUUGAGUACUGCAAGGAAGGAAGUGACCAGUGGGUGCAAGCUAAUAAGACACCAGUGGAAAAGAACCAGUACAGGGUGAAGGAUCUCCCAAUGGGGGAGAAGAUGCUGUUCAGAGUAGUGGCGGUCAACAUUGCAGGCCGCAGCCCCCCUGCCCGUCUCGCCCAGGCUGUCACCAUCAAAGAGAUCUUGGAGUCUCCAAAGAUCCGCCUGCCACGCCAACUGAGAACCAAACUCAUAAGGGUUGUGGGUGAUAAGGUCAACUUGGUCAUCCCCUUCCAGGGUAAGCCUCGCCCUAUUGUGACCUGGUUCAAAGAAGGUGUUCUCCUGGAGGACAAGACGGUGGGAACUCGUACCAGUGAGGUGGACACCAUCCUCUUCAUCCGCACAGCAGAAAGAACCCACUCUGGAAAGUACACACUGUCUGUCCAGAUCGAGGACAUGGUGGACAGCGCUGACAUAUUCAUUCAGAUUGUAGACAAGCCCGGGCCUCCCACUGAUGUGCAUGUCUCAGACGUCUGGGGUUUCAACGCUGCGCUGGAGUGGAAGCCGCCCAAAGACGACGGCAACUCUGAGAUUAUCGGCUACACCAUUCAGAAGGCUGACAAGAAGACUAUGGAGUGGUUCAUGGUCUAUGAGCACAACCGUAGGCCCAGCUGCACUGUGUCUGACCUGGUCAUGGGGAACGAGUAUUUCUUUCGAGUGUACAGCGAAAACAUCUGCGGCCUCAGUGACACUCCUGGCGUGAGCAAGAACACCGCCAUCAUUACCAAAUCAGGUUUGAACUAUGAACCUCCACCCUUCAAAGAGAAGGAUACAACUGCAUCCCCAAAAUUCACAGCGCCCCUGGUGGACAGAUGUGUGGUUGCAGGUUACGCCACCGCCAUCAGCUGUGCCGUCCGCGGCUACCCCAAGCCAAAGAUCAUUUGGAUGAAGAACAACAUGAUCAUCGGUGAAGACCCCAAGUUCCUGAUGCAGAACAACCAGGGCGUACUGACUCUAAAGAUCCGCAGGCCAAGCCUGUUUGAUGGGGGCAGAUACACCUGCAGGGCCAUCAACGACCUUGGUGAAGACGAGGUGGACUGCAAGCUGGAGGUUCGAGCAUUCGUACAAGAGAAAGGAGAGGAGGCGAAGAAAUGA